AUAGAUAUGGAAGACCAGGCACAAAACCUUGUGCAUGGAAACAUACAGUUAGCAGAAAGAGUAGCGCCACCACCGGCAACAAACCUAGAGCUGACAGUGGAGGAGGUGGUGGAGGAGUAUGUAGGGUCCUUCGGGUGGUCACAGUUUUUACAUGUGCUCUUGGUUUCACUAGCAUGGAUAUUUGAUUCACAGAACACAUUGGUUACCAUCUUCAGUGAUGCCCAACCAUCUGCUUGGAGAUGCAUAAAUAAUUCAUCGUCGUCUCUGUGCUUGUCUAGUAGCAGCAAUGGUGAUGUCUCUUCUGUUUGUGGACUGAUGCCAGACACUUGGGAAUGGGUCAGUGGCCAUACAAGUUCCAUUAUUGCUGAAUGGGGUCUCAUUUGUGACCGCAGGUUCCUUGCUGCUAUACCUGCGUCACUGUUCUUUCUUGGUUCCCUCUUAGGUUCUGCAUUUUUUGGCCACCUAGCAGACGCAUCCCUGGGCCGAAAAAGAACAGUGCUACUCUCAUGUCUCUUAACCUCUGUCACUGCUUUCCUUACAUCCCUCUCACCGAACAUCUGGGUAUAUUCUUUGCUUCGAUUCGCAAAUGGUUUUUCUCGAUCUGGAAUAGGAAUCUGCUGUAUAGUUCUAGCUACAGAAGUGGUCGGACGAAAAAGGCGGGGUCCAGUUAGUCAAUAUGGCUUCUUUUUCUUUACUGCAGGAUUUCUUUCCCUGCCUUUAAUUGCCUAUCAUACAAGAACAAAUUGGAGGAAUUUAUACAAGAUUUUAUCACUUCUCCCUCUAGCCUACUCUGUCUUGUUCUUCCCUUUUGUCUCAGAAUCUCCGCGCUGGCUUCUUGUUAGGGGAAGGAGCAAAGAAGCCCUUGAUGUUUUGAAAAAUUUCGCAAGGCUUAAUGGCAAGACACUGCCCGAAAACCUGUGUCUUGCCAAUCCGUCAGCAGCGGGAGAGGGUGGUGAAAAUGAAGCGUUGACAAAAAAUUGCACAGAAGAAAGCCUGUGGAGGACAAAAUGGGCUGCUAAAAGAAUGAUCACAGUAAUGAUAGCAGGUUUCGGAGUUGGUUUUGUUUACUAUGGUGUUCAACUGAAUAUUGAGAACCUGAAUUUCAACCUUUAUUUCUCUGUUGGACUCAACGCAUUGAUGGAGGUUCCUGCAGUUGUCAUCGGUACUAUACUCUUGGGCCUCACUGGCCGGCGACUUCUCUUCUCACUCUCUGCUUUUCUAGCUGGGAUUUCUUGCCUUCUUUGCAUCCUUUUCGCUCAUGGAAAACGCGCAAAGAACGCUGACAAAUCCAGUACUGGGAAUUGGGCUCAACUGGCUAUUGAAGGAAUUGGUUUCAUGGCUGCUUCAGUAGCAUUCGAUGUCUUGUAUGUUUAUUGUGUUGAGCUAUUCCCAACCAAUGUAAGAAACUUUGCUGUGUCGCAAUCAAGACAAGCCUUGAUGUUGGGUGCUUCAAUAGCACCAUUGCUAGUUGCUGCCGGUCGCUUAAGUCCAUCUCUUUCUUUCCUCGUAUUUGGGAUCCUCUCCAUUUUUAGUGGAGUUAUAAGUUGGUGGCUACCUGAGACAAGAAACGCUCCUCUUUAUGACACUCUGAAGCAACAAGAAGAAGAUGAGAAAAACAGAGUUGGGAAUCAAAUUACUCAAGCAUAGAGCCUAUUGUAAAGUAUAUGGAAAAAAUAAAAUAAAAAAUACUAGUGCUUUUCCAUAUGUAUGUAUGAUAUAGUGCUCUUACAAAAAUUCCUGGCUGUAAUUCAAAUUUCAAUGGUCUGUAAAGUAUUAUCAUGUAAUAAAUGAAGUAUUUUAAUU